AUGGAGGCUCUCCACCGAUGGGAAACACCACGGUACCUGGCAAACAUGUUCGAUUCCUACUUCUCGGAGAGGUUCGGGUCGAUUGAAUCACCGUCCUCGUCAGGUGGGAAAUUCGAAGUCCGCAUCACAGCAGGGGUCAGUCGUGGGUCCACUGUUAUGGAAUAUUACUUACAACACGGUGCUGAAAGAGGAACUCCCUCAAGGCUGUUUGCUGCUUGGCUUCGCCGACGAUACGCUGGUGGUGGUAGCAGCAGAGACUGUCGCGGGUGUUGA